AUGAACAUUACAACAGAAAAAAACAAAUACAAAUUAAAUGACGACACAAGCAUUAUCGUAACAGUUUUAUUUGAUCGAAAUAAAGAAGAAUCAUUUACCCUUGAAAUUUGGAUUGACAAUUAUUCAUCAACUCAAGUUAAUAAAGGAAGUGGAUCUUCAACAUAUGAAUAUUCAAUCGACAUCCCAAAUGAAUUAUCAAAUGGAAAUCACACAAUUUAUUCUAAGUUUUCAGAUGAUAAAACAUUUGUAUCAAAUACAGUUUCAGUUGAAUUUGAAUAUGAAAUUCCAUUUUCACUUGAAUUAUCAAAUCUUGAACGAAGCCAAUACAACAAAACUAUUGAUAAAAGUAUCAAAGUCAGUGGAAGUGGAAUUUAUUCAGAAGAUUUUUCUAUUUAUUGUAGUAUUGGAGAUAUCAAUAGUACAUUCGAAGGAAAUCCAAUUAAGAACCCAGAAACACAUACAUUUGCAUUUUCAGGUUAUUGCUUAAUUCCAGAUUCUAUUGUAAAUGAUGGUUUUUAUCCAGUUAGAGUUUGGGCAACAACAACAAAUACUCAAGAAAGUACAGAACCAAAAUCUCAAUAUUUCGACUUCUUUCGAAACUAUCCAGUUCUAAUUGUUUCGGAUACAAUGAAAGAAACAUAUUAUCACAAUGUUGACAAUCAUAUUUCAGUUUCUGGAUUUGUUUCUGAUCUUGAUUGUGAUGAUUUUGUCACUGUUAAAUCAUUUAUUGAAGGAUAUCCAACCAGUGAAGCAUCAAAAUCAAUUUCUAUUCCCGAUUCAAAUAAUCAUUCAUUCAAUAUCGAAAUUUCUAUUCCAAACAAUCUUUCACGCGGUAUUCAUCAUCUUAUUAUUGUAUGUUGUGACAAAACUGAUAAAUGUGUUUCAUUUACCAAAUCAAUUUCAUAUGAAUUUGCUCGAUUUACAUCAGAUAUCCCAAACAUUUAUAGAUUUUCUAAGAAAAUAAGACGCUGA